ACGGGGAUGUGACGUCAUCGUCGUGCGAGGAGAGGCUGGCCCGAUCCAAGAUGGCGGCUCUUCGCUGCUUUUCGCGGCUGAGAAGGUCGGUUCGUUCCCAAGGAAGCUCGGUUCGUUUCCCGCCAGCCACGCUCUGGAUUUUAUCCGUCCCCGAUGGAGGCCACGGCCCUUUCUGUCCUCCUAAAUCGAGAUUGCAACCCGCCCGGACGCUUUCAGCAGCCGCUUUGGUCCGAGCGGCUCCCGGUCCCAUUCAGCCCUAUCUCCGCCUCAUGAGGCUGGAUAAGCCCAUUGGGACAUGGCUGCUAUACCUACCUUGCACUUGGAGUAUAGCCCUGGCAGCAGAACCAGGCUGUUUACCCUCCUGGAACAUGCUACUCCUGUUUGGCACUGGUGCAGUACUGAUGCGUGGAGCCGGCUGUACAAUUAAUGACAUGUGGGAUCGGGACUAUGACAAAAAGGUUGAGAGAACUGCAAGUCGGCCACUAGCAGCUGGAGAGAUUUCAAGUUUUCAUUCCCUGGUUUUUCUUGGGGGACAGCUUAGUCUGGCCUUGUGUGUCCUGUUAUGUUUGAAUUAUUAUAGUAUUGCUUUAGGAGCUGCUUCCUUAUCACUUGUGGUGACUUACCCCCUUAUGAAGAGAAUAACAUACUGGCCACAGUUGUUCUUGGGCCUUACCUUCAAUUGGGGAGCCUUACUUGGGUGGUCUGCUAUUCAAGGCUCUUGCAACUGGUCUGUUUGCUUGCCACUCUAUUUCUCAGGGGUUUUGUGGACAUUGACAUACGACACUAUUUAUGCUCACCAGGACCGAAGGGAUGACCUUGCUAUAGGGGUGAAAUCCACAGCGCUCCGGUUCAGGGAAAACACCAAACAGUGGCUCAGCGGCUUCAGCUCCUUGAUGCUUUUGGGACUCACUGUGACAGGAAUGAAUUGUGACCAGACUUUCCCAUACUAUGCAUCUGUGACUGCUGUGGGGUUGCACUUGGCUCGGCAGAUAUAUACACUAGACAUUCACAGUCCUGAAGAUUGCUGGAAAAAGUUCUCUUCCAACCGUACAGUCGGACUCUUACUGUUUAUAGGAAUUGUAUUUGGAAACUUACAGAAAACGAAAAACACAGACGAUGUGAGGAAACCCUUAGAGAGCAGCUCAAAAGAAAUGAAUGCUGAUUUACAGGAAAAAUAAUGAAGACGCCAUAAAAAGUGUACACAGUGUAAAGAGAUUUCUUCAUAUUUAAUAUACAUGGCGAAAGAAGACAUGUUGAAAAGACUAUAUAUUUUUGUACCUUUAAACUUAUUAUUGUCAAUACGGGAUCUUGGAAAACAAUCAGCUGUUUCGAGAACUUAAUUGCAGAAAUAUCGAUGGGUGUGAAGUCUAAAGGCCUGUGUUGUAAACCUUGUAAAUUAUCAUGGCUGUGAGCAAUUCCCUGUUUGUGGAAAAUAAUGUUUGCAGUGCUGUGACUCAGAAACUGUUUUGUAUAUAACAACUAUGCAUUCACUUAUUUAAAACUAAAAUAUGUAGUGACUGUCAUCAA